AUGGUCGUCUCGGGAGAGAAAACCCAGGUCCUGGUGCUCUCGCAGUGGCCGAAGGACGCAGUGGACCUGUCCAUCAGGGUGGCUGGAGCGAGAGUUGAGGCCCGCGAGACUCUCAACCUGCUCGGAGUAACGCUGGAUCGCCUCCUCCACUUCGGCCCGCACUGCAAGAGGAUGCGACAGAGAACCCGACCGAGACUGCAACACCUCAGGAGACUGACGGGCAGGGACUGGGGGCUGGAAGAGCGGCAACUCCGCAUCGUGGCCAACGGCUACGUCAGAGGCGCGCUGGAGCACGCCGCCGCAGCGUGGCUACCGGCCGCGUCCCCCUCCCACGUAGAGGUACUGGAGAGGGAGAUGAGGGAGGCCGCCCGCGUCAUAACGGGCUGCACGCGCUCAACCCCCACCGAAGCCCUGAUGGCGGAGGCAGGACUGGCUCCGGUGACGGCCCGGAAAACCACCCUGGCGGCGCGAUUCCUCGCGAAGUGCGCGACCUGGGCCUGGACGGACGGAUCCGCCACGGGAGGAGUGCUGGACGGUGGAGCGGGCGGCUAUAUCGAGUGGCCCGACGGGGAGAGCCACGAGCUCCGCGCACCAGCGGGCAAGCUCUGCUCGAGUUACCGAGCGGAGAUGGUGGCACUCCGCGAGACACUAAACUACAUCGGCAACCACACUGAUCAUGAGGAGGACCCCAUCAUACUGUGUACCGACUCGCAAGCAGCUCUAUCUGCCCUACGGAGUGGCCCGGCCGAGCAAAGGACGCAGCUGAACCGAGCUGUCUGGGACGCUCUGGCCCUGGUGUCCGACAAUGGAGAGCGGCAGGUGCUCCUACAAUGGGUCCCGUCCCACUGCGGGCUGCCUGGGAAUGAGAUGGCCGACAGCCUGGCCAAGGAGGCGGCAUCUCUCCCCCAAGAGCAG